GCCGUCCGACGGGCGAGCGGGCGGGUAAUGGCAGGCAGGCUCCUGGGCGUGGAGUCGUCCCUCUCACCCGGGCACCUGGGCUCGGGCUGCAGCCCAGGUGCAUCGGGCUAGAGGAAGGCUUGCACCGGUGGAGGUCCCAGUCCUAAGGAGCGCCUCCUCCUGGAGGCACAAUGCCAGUCCUAGGACCCCUUUACGCCCUAAGGGUCUCCGCCGGGAACGCGCGCGCUACUUCCGGGGAACCCCUGGGGGAGGGGCCAGCGGGCCGGGGCCCCGUGAUUGACAGCUUCUCUCCCCAGACUCCCACGGGCUACCACGGGACCCCUCCUCUAACCCCGAACGCUGACCCGACACCAUGCGCCAGGCUGGUGAACUAGAUGAGUCAGUGCUGGAACUGACAAGCCAGAUUCUGGGAGCCAACCCUGAUUUUGCCACUCUCUGGAACUGUCGUCGAGAGGUGUUUCAACGGCUGGAGACCCAGAAGUCCCCGGAGGAGUUGGCUGCUCUGGUGAAGACCGAACUCAGCUUCCUAGAGAGCUGCUUGCGUGUGAACCCUAAAUCCUAUGGUACCUGGCACCACCGCUGUUGGCUGCUAAGCCGCCUGCCUGAGCCCAACUGGGCCCGGGAACUGGAGCUAUGUGCUUGCUUCCUUGAGGUGGAUGAGCGGAACUUUCACUGCUGGGACUAUCGGCGGUUUGUGGCUGCACAGGCAGCUGUGGCCCCUGCAGAAGAGCUCGCCUUCACUGACAGUCUCAUUACUCGAAACUUCUCCAACUAUUCCUCCUGGCAUUAUCGCUCCUGCCUCUUGCCCCAGCUGCACCCCCAGCCAGACUCUGGCCCCCAAGGGCGCCUCCCUGAAGAUGUGCUGCUCAAAGAGCUGGAGUUGGUGCAGAAUGCCUUCUUCACUGACCCCAAUGAUCAGAGUGCGUGGUUCUAUCACCGUUGGCUCCUGGGUCGAGCUGACCCUCAGGAUGCUCUGCGCUGCGUCCACGUGAGCCGGGAUGAGGCCUGUCUGACUGUCUGCUUCUCUCGGCCUGUCCUAGUGGGCUCCAGAGCGGAGACCUUGCUACUUAUGGUUGAUAAGUCACCUCUUACUGUGGAGUGGAGGACACCAGAUGGCAGGAAUCGGCACAGCCCUGUCUGGCUCUGUGACCUGCCUACCACUUCCCUCAAUGACCAGUUGCCGCAGCAUACGUUUCAUGUCAUUUGGACAGCAGGCGAUUCCCAGAAGGAGUGUGUACUUUUCAAAGGCCGCCAGGAGUGCUGGUGCCGGGACUCAGCCACUGAUGAGCAGCUGUUCAGAUGUGAGCUGUCAGUGGAGAAGUCCACAGUGCUUCAGUCUGAGCUUGAAUCUUGUAAGGAGCUACAGGAGCUGGAGCCUGAGAACAAAUGGUGUCUGCUCACCAUCAUCUUGCUGAUGCGGGCACUGGACCCCCUUGUUUAUGAGAAGGAGACACUGCAGUACUUCCAGACCCUCAAGGCUGUGGAUCCAAUGCGGGCAGCCUACCUAGAUGACCUGCGCAGCAAAUUCUUGCUGGAGAACAGUGUGCUCAAAAUGGAGUAUGCUGAGGUACGCGUGCUACACCUGGCUCACAAGGAUCUGACAGUGCUCUGCCAUCUGGAACAGCUUCUCUUAGUCACCCAUCUUGACCUAUCACACAAUCGUCUCCGUACCCUGCCUCCUGCCCUGGCUGCUCUGCGAUGCCUUGAGGUGCUGCAGGCCAGUGAUAAUGCCAUAGAAUCUCUGGAUGGCGUUGCUAACCUGCCCAGGCUACAGGAGCUGUUACUGUGCAACAACCGCCUCCAGCAGCCUGAAGCACUCCAGCCUCUUGCUUCUUGUCCCAAGCUGGGUCUCCUCAAUCUACAGGGAAACCCACUGUGCCAAGAAGGUGACAUCUUGGAGCAUAUGGCUGAACUGCUGCCUUCUGUUAGCAGCAUCCUCACCUAAGAAGUCCUGACUCCACUCUUGCCCUUUAACUUAUUGGGACUGAAUAAAAAAUGGAGACACUC